CUUCCUGCCCAGACAUGUAACUAUCAUGACAAGUGCCACCCCAAUCCUCACCAGAGAUUAAAGCAGACAACCACUUUCUUAUACUCCAGACUUUCUCUUCUUCCAUCUAAAUCUCCAAUUCAUCUCAUGGAUUUUCCUAAACUUCUUGUCAUGCUAGUGCUGCUCUGUCUUCUAACCAAUGAAUCCUAUGUGGGUGCAGCAUCAGAUGAUGAGGAUUUCUUCAAGAAAUGCUCAUCACAACGGUGCAGCAAACAUGGACCAAAGAUCCAGUUCCCCUUCCGGCUUUCAACCCAACCAACAUCCUGUGGAGCAGCUGGCAUGCAGUUAUCAUGCUCUGGGCAUGACACGAUCUUGGAUCACCCUGUUCUUGGUUCUUGCAAAGUGACUGCGAUAUAUUACAUGCACCGCGUCAUUAACAUCAUCCCGCUUGUGGAACCAUUGACGCAAUGCCCACUUCAGAAGCUCAUCUCGAGAAAGUUAGAAACUGGUGUGUACAAACAACCUCAAUCAUUUACGACCCUGGUACGUUGUUCCAAGAAUUUCAUACCAGCAGAUCCAUAUAGUAUAGUCGGCCCAGCUCCUUGUGUCAGUAGCAACGCUAGCCAAUUCUUGUAUUUGGCAUUAGCUUCCGCAUACAUAUCUGAUCUACCAUGGGACUGUGUGGCCAUUUCUAAAGGUAUCCCGAUACCCUUCAGCUAUGAUAAACAUGGCCCUAACUCGGACCCCUCCAGUGAAAUAGCAAAGGCAGUCGUCAACUUUGGUGCGACAACCUUCACUUGGCACCUCAGUAACAUUACCGAUGUCUGCCAACAGUGUGAACAUCAAGGUCGAUACUGUGGAUUCAGCUCACAAAGGCGUCAAGCAUUCUGCCAGCACCAUGGUACCCAUGUCAUCCCAAUUGCGGCAGCCUCAUCUGUAGCUGCAUUUGUAGUUCUUUCAUUGAUUGUGGCCACUGUGAUAUAUCUCUCCUUGAAGUCAAGGUACAAUGAAGAGAUAAAUAUGAAGGUUGAAAUGUUUCUCAAGGCAUAUGGCACAUCGAAACCUACAAGAUACACCUUCCCUGAUGUUAAGAAGAUAGCAAGAAGGUUCAAGGAUAAACUCGGUCAGGGCGGAUUCGGAAGUGUGUACAAAGGCGAGCUACCAAAUGGAGUACCUGUGGCAGUCAAGAUGCUAGAGAGUUCUACAGGAGAGGGGGAGGAAUUCAUCAAUGAAGUUGCAACCAUUGGACUAAUCCACCAUGCAAAUAUCGUACGCCUCUUGGGCUUUUGCUCUGAAGGAAUGAGACGGGCCCUUAUUUAUGAAUUCAUGCCUAAUGAGUCACUGGAGAAAUACAUAUUCACACAUGUUUCUAAUAUUUCUCGACAACUCCUAGCACCCAACAAAAUGUUAGAUAUUGCUUUAGGCAUUGCCCGAGGAAUGGAAUACAUGCAUCAAGGUUGCAACCAGCGGAUUCUCCACUUUGACAUCAAGCCACACAACAUCCUGCUGGACUACAACUUCAAUCCAAAGAUCUCUGACUUUGGCCUUGCAAAGCUGUGUGCAAGGGACCAAAGCAUUGUUACGCUCACAGCAGCCAGAGGAACUAUGGGAUACAUCGCACCGGAGCUAUACUCUCGAAACUUUGGAGGGGUGUCAUACAAGUCAGAUGUGUAUAGUUUUGGCAUGCUGGUGUUGGAAAUGGUGAGUGGAAGGAGGAACUCAGACCCAAGUGUUGAGAUCCAGGACGAGGUAUACCUCCCUGAGUGGAUCUAUGAGAAAGUGAUUUCUAGGCAGGAAUGGGAGCUUACUCUGGAAAUGACAGCAGAAGACAAAGACAAGAUUAGACAGCUGAGUAUUGUGGGGCUGUGGUGCAUCCAGUGGAACCCAAAGAAUAGGCCGUCGAUGACGAAGGUGGUAAACAUGUUAACUGGGAGGCUGCAGAACCUGCAGAUUCCACCAAAGCCCUUUGUGUCGUCUGACAUUCGUCCUAUGCCACAGAACACGACGAACACAUGAACAUGCAUUGUGUGUGUUUUUGUGUGUAUCAUUACACGCCUGAGGGAACUUAUCUCGCAUCUGCGUUGUAAACUGUAAUUCCUUGGCCAAUGUUCGAUUACAUACUGAACUACAUGGGAUUUUGCAGUACCGCUAACACUGCAUCUGUAUCUUACUACCAUAUUGUAAUUCUAUUAAUUAGAAACACACGGCACUGGAUUUUGCAGCCA